GCUAAAACAUUUAUAUGAAAAGAAAGCACAGAAAUAUUUUAGGUCUCUAACGGGGAGAGUACAUUUACUGUUUUUUUUUUUUUUAGAUUAUUUUAUUAUAUUUACUUGACAUUUUAAUUCAUCUAAAGCGGGGCAGUUUUUUCAGUUUUUUUCUUUAGGCAGUCUCGGUCUCUUGGUGUCACUGUUCAGUAGUAAAUCAGACCGCUCCCUUCCAGUGUUGACACACCCAGUCGUACGUCCGCAGCUCUGGACGAUAUGCAGUUUCAUUUUAUUCCUUUUUCCAUUGGAAACCUUGUGGUUCAAUACGUGAUCAGACGCUAGAAAAGAACAACAAAUAUAAUUUCUGGAGGUACAUCCGUUUUCCCUGCCGAUGAAAGAAUGGUGGUUCUCACCGUUGUCUUUGUCCUGUGUACGGUGUGGCCCGGAGCUUUGUCUGUGACACGGUACUCCAUAGCCGAGGAGAUGGAGAGGGGCUCAGUGGUGGCCAAUCUUGCUGCGGAUUUAGGACUUGAACCUGGAAGUUUGGCUCAACGAGAGGUAAAACUCGAUAUUUUUACCAACAAGAAGUAUUUGGAUUUUAACAAAAAGACCGGGGAGCUUUAUAUAGUAGAAAAGAUGGACAGGGAAUAUAUCUGUCCGGCAAAGCCGACGAACUGCUUUGUUAAGAUUGACGUAAUCAUUGAAAACCCUUUACGUAUCUUUAACAUUGAGCUUGGAAUAACAGAUAUAAACGACAACGCUCCCCAUUUCCGUCGGGACAGAGUAGAGCUGGACGUUUCCGAAUCCGCAACGCCAGGGGAGAGGUUCUCUCUGCCUAACGCUGUGGAUCCAGACGUUGGAAUCAACACGAUAAAAACAUACAAACUGAGCGACAGUGAACAUUUCACCAUCGAAAUUCAGACAGGCAGUGAUGGCACUCAGUAUGUGGAUUUGGUACUGACCAAGUCUUUGGACAGAGAGGAGGAAUCGGUUCAUAACUUGAUACUGACUGCCGUAGAUGGUGGCGUCCCUGUGCGCUCUGGUACAGCUAAUAUAAUUGUCAAGGUACAAGACACAAACGACAAUUCUCCUCGCUUCGAUAAAUCGACUUACACGAUAAACAUGACAGAAAACUCUCCCAUCGGAAGCUUAGUGAUGAAGCUGAAUGCCACAGAUCUGGACGAGGGCGAGAAUUCAGAAAUCGUCUAUGCUUUCACGCUCUACACGUCAGAGAAAACCCAAGGUGUCUUUGCUCUGAAUCCCAACACAGGAGAGAUAACAGUGAAGGGUACGGUUGACUAUGAGGACAUGAAAUUCUAUGAGAUGCAUAUUGAAGCCAGAGACAAAGGGACGCAUCCUCUGCAGGGACAGUGCAAAGUAGUUGUUCACGUAAUUGACAUGAAUGACAAUUAUCCAGAUAUCACCAUACAGUCUGUUAAAAACACGGUGAGUGAGAACAUACCUGUGGGGAGUGUGAUUGCUGUGGUAGGGGUGAGUGACAGAGACAGUGGUGACAAUGGAAAAGUCAUCUUAUCCAUUCACCAGACUGUACCCUUCAUUCUGAACCAGUCAUUAGAAAGACCCCUUCAUUAUCAACUCAUAGUCUCAGAACCUCUGGACCGUGAAUCUGUUCCUGAAUAUGAAAUAACUCUAGUUGCGACAGACAACGGAACUCCAUUCUUAUCUGAUAACCAAACUAUAGUUGUUCAUUUGCUGGAUAUUAAUGACAACGCUCCUCAGUUUCCUCAGUCAUUUUAUAAAAUUCGUGUCAUGGAGAACAACGCACCUAUGGCUCUGCUCAGUUCACUGACAGCCUUUGACCCUGACCUCCAUGAAAACCAGUAUCUGGUUUACUUCAUCAUAGAGAAGGAGAUAGCCAACACCUCCAUGUCCAUGCUGUUCUCCAUCAAUCCAGAGAAUGGUGAUCUGUACGCUCUGAAAACCUUUGAUUAUGAGAUUGAGAAGGAGUUUCUUUUCCACAUUGAGGCCAGAGACUCUGGCUCUCCUCCACUCAGCAGUAAUGUGACUGUACACAUCAUCAUAGUGGACCAGAACGACAAUGCUCCAGUUAUUGUGUCUCCGUGGCGUGCACAUGGCUCUGUGGUGGAGGAAAAGAUUCCCAGAUCCACUGAUAAAGGUUCUCUGGUGGCCAAAGUGAUCGCUUUAGACACAGACUCUGUGCACAACUCUAGGAUUACCUACCAGUUCCUACAGGUGACUGAUGCCACCUUGUUCAGUCUGGACCAGUACAAUGGGGAGAUCCGGACCAUGAGGAUGUUCAGUUACAGAGAUCCACGUCAUCUGAGACUGGUGGUCGUUGCCAAGGACAACGGGGAGCCUGCUCUGUCUGCUACAGUCACCAUCAAGCUGUCCACAGUGGAGACUGCAGUUAAGGCCUACACUGACAUGACUGAGGUUCCUCUGGAGUAUGACCUCUUCUCAGACCUGAACCUGUACUUGGUCAUUGGUCUGGGCUCUGUGUCAUUUCUCCUUCUCAUCACCAUUCUGGUCACCAUUGUGCUCAAGUGUCAGAAACCUAAGAGCAGCCAAACAGCUCCUCCCAGCAGGAACAGUGUGAUCAGUGAGAGGAACUCCACCAUCGCAGAUUCCACUCUGGUCUCCAACGAUGCCUACUGGUACAGUCUGUUUCUGGCAGAGACCAGGAAAGGAAAGCUGGUGGUGAGACAGCCUGUGCCGAAGGGCUCCAGAUACAUUGUGUCCAGUAUCCCGAGAGGAACAGGAGUGACAAAUACUAGUGCCUCAGCUGCCUCUACUCUGCAGGUAAGAGUGAAUACAUUUUUAUUCACCUUCAUUUUAAAACAUUUUAGUUUAAUCAUUGUUUUAAUUUCUAUUUCUUAUGUCUUAUGAAUGAAGUCAUAGUUA